GGAUGAAGGGACACGGGCAGCGGUGGACUCGCAGUCCAGUGUCGGUUGGUGAAGGACAUGCAAGUAUCCUGUCUUAUAUUGUGUAACGUUUUAAGGCUCUUUAUGCGAGAAAGACUUACCCUUUACUGUUGAUAAGCUUUACACGCAUUUUUCAUCGUAACUGGAGGGAAAAGUUCAGUAUUAGUGAUGCCCCGGAGAUGACGCCUGUAAUUUUUGGCUAGGUUUUACUAAAAAAUAAAGCUAAGUAUAAUAUUUUGCUAACGCUACAGAAACAUAAGAUAUAUAAAAAUGCGAACGGCGUUUCUUAGACAUGUCCGACGUUUCCCGUGGGUCACCAACGUGACUCUGUACGGCGGUCUGUUCGCUGGAGGGGACUUCGUCCACCAGUGGUUCUCCCACAGGGAACAACUGGACUGGAGCCACACACGGAACGUUGCAGUGGUCGCGUUCAGUUUCCAUGGCAACUUCAAUUUCUUCUGGAUGCGGUUCCUGGAGCGAAGGUUUCCCGGGAAUUCUGCCGGGAUGGUGAUGAGGAAGCUGUUGUUGGACCAGACUACAGCGGCGCCCCUGGCUACCAGCGUGUUCUACACAGGUGUCAGCUUCUUGGAGGGCAAAGAUGACAUAACGGAAGACUGGAGAGAAAAAUUCCUGAACACUUAUAAAACAGGGCUAAUGUUCUGGCCUUUUAUGCAGUUUCUGAACUUUGCGUUGGUGCCUCUGUAUUUGCGGACCACCUUUACCGGCUGCUGUGCGUUUGUAUGGGCCAUCUUUCUUUGCUUUUCUCGUCAGAGCGGUGAUGGCACAGCUGGUGCUGCUUUAGCAUGGUUGUUCCCUCCUGAAGAGAGUGAAGCAGAAUCCACAAAGGAGAACUCAAACUCCAAGGAAAAGAUGGAUGCUCCCAAAGAGGCAAUUGUAGCAAAUAAACCUGCUCAGAAGUUUAUGUCUUUGGGCACCGAUAUGGAGCUGAAGAAAUCUAUUUCGGACACCGAGCGAGCGCUCAGGAGCUACGGCGCCGUGUCGGAAACUGCAUGGACAACGGACAAAGGUCAUUCAGACGUGUCCAUGGCAGAGAGCACCAUGGCUCCAGAGGAGCUCGAGGUAGAGAUGACUCGUAUCCAGCGCCUGCGAGAGGUCCUGGUACGCCGAGAGUCGGAGCUGCGCUUCAUGAUGGAUGACAUUCAGCUCUGCAAAGACAUCAUGAGUUUAAAGCAGGAGCUGAGGCAGAUUGUGACAGUACCAGAGAAAGAAAAAAACAAGAAGCACCAGCAGCGGGAAGAGGAGCUGAUCCUGAAAAUCCAUAAACUGGUGCAGAAGAGGGAUUUCCUGGUUGAUGACGCUGAGGUGGAGAGAUUAAGGGAGAGAGAGGAAGACAAAGAGAUGGCCGAGUUCCUCAGACUGAAGCUGAUGCCUCUGGAGAAAAAGCUCAAAGUCACACAAAAUCCUCCAAAGCCCAAGAGACAAAUCUUGGAGCUGCCUCCCAACAAACCAUCCAUCACCAAGUCAGGAGCAGCCAUCAUCAAGGAUUGCUGUGGAGCCACCCAGUGUGCCAUCAUGUAACUGACAAGGACCUCUCUAUGAACCCAUCCAUGAGUCAUAAACCAAAACACUCACACCACAUGACAUGCCAUAAACCAUUCCUGGUUUCUCAGAAUAUCUCAGCUGUUGUUCCUCAAAUCUGUUCAGAAAUCAAGUUUUAAUUUCAUUUAAGAUGGAGUUUCAGCUCCAAUGUUUUAUUUUAGGGUUUAAGAACUUCACUAAUCACUGCUAGAACAAAAACGUAAAGGAGCUUCUUUUAUUAAAUACACUUAAAGGCACGGGGAAAAAAUGUGCUCAAUACAAAUGUAACAUUUUAACUAGAUUAAGAUGUUUAGUAAGAUUCCUUUAAGUUGACUAUAUGAUCUGCCAUAGUGUUGGAAAAUAGAACUAGAAGCACAAUGUAAGCUAAUUGAAACACAAAUGCUGGGGUUCUCUGCCUGACAGGAAAAAAAACAAAACAUUUGACCUCACCCUGACAUGUAUGACAAGUAUUUGGUUUAACAACAACAGUGAUCCUCUUUCACUUUAAGAAAACUCAUUUUUAUCACCGCUCCAAGGUGGGAGAACAAUGUGGCUUUUGACUGCAGUUUAAAUGAGAAACAUUUAGAGAAAUUGGCAGGUCGUGGGCCCUUCUGAACCGGAGCGGAGCAAUCCUUUGACCUCUUGCCU